UUAAAAAAUUUUCCUUUUUCUUUAAAAUUGAAAUUGAUGGAUAUAAAAAUUAAUUUAAAUAGUAAAAAAAAAUUUGAAGUUAAAUUGGCAAAAUUUUUUUUUCGUCUGCUACACUGUCUGCUACAACAUUUUAUCUUUUGUUACACUCACACGUUGUCCUUACAUAUUCAUGUAAUAAAACUAUUACUUCAAUGUUAAAAUUGAUCGUUUCUUUUUAAUAGUGUGUGCCUUGUAUUCCAUGAAAAGAAACAAGAACAAUGAAAGACGGUGUGAGGCAACGACAGCAUUUAUCAAGAAGAUCGCUAGAGGAGAGUUUUUAUAGUGUGAAGCAUGUUCCAAAAAAAUUAUAUCCACUGCCAAAUGGAACACAUCAUUUACUAUUUGUAUUAACAUUUUUCCUAUCAAUUUCUCUAAUUGUUAUUGUUUUGGAGAGAAUUUUACCUGAACCACAAUUAAUUGAAUCAGAAGGUUUAUAUCCAAAACGAUUUGUCGCCGAAAGAGCGCGAGCUCAUAUUAUUAAUUUAACAAACAUUGGACCACGUGUCACUGGAAGUUAUGAGAAUGAAGUGUUGGCUGUUAAAUUUUUAACAACAACAAUUAAUAAUAUUAUUCAUGAGGCAAAUGAAAAUCAUAAAAUAAUUUUAGACGUUACAAAACAUAGUGGAGCAUUUCCAUUAACAUUUUUAGAUGGAUUCACAAAUGUUUAUCAAAAUGUUCAAAAUGUUAUUGUUCGUCUUGGUCCAAAAAGGCCAUCGAAACAUAGUUUAUUGAUAAAUUGUCAUUUUGAUUCAUCAGUACAAAGUCCAGGUGCUUCUGAUGAUGCCGCUGGCUGUGCAAUAAUGCUCGAAGUUUUAAGAGUUAUGACACGAAGUCCCAAACUUUUAAAAAAUAACAUUAUAUUUUUAUUUAAUGGCGCUGAGGAAAAUAUAUUGGAGGCAUCGCAUGGUUUUAUUACACAACAUCAAUGGGCAAAAGAAGUGAGAGCAUUUAUCAAUUUGGAAGCUUGUGGUGCUGGUGGUAGAGAACUUUUAUUUCAAGCUGGACCUGGAAAUCCUUGGAUUCUUGAGGUUUAUUCACAAACAGUUCCCUAUCCAUAUGCAUCGUCAUUGGCACAGGAAAUUUUUGAAAGUGGCAUUGUACCUGGAGAAACAGAUUUUCGCAUUUUCAGAGACUUUGGAAAUGUAUCUGGUCUCGAUUUUGCUUGGUCAACAAAUGGUUAUGUGUAUCACACAAGAUUUGAUACAGUUUAUCAAAUACCAUUAGGUUCUCUCCAAAGAACAGGAGAUAAUAUUCUUGCCUUAGCUCGAGGAAUAGCUGACAGUCAUUAUUUACCAGAUUCCGAUGCUCAAAAAUCAGAUGGAAGUCUUGUUUUCUUUGACUUUUUGGGGGCAUUUGUUAUUCGUUGGCCACCCUAUGUGGCAACAAUUGUUAAUAUUAUUGGUAUUUUAAUAGGAAUUUAUUCUAUUUAUUUAAAUAUGGAGUACGCACGAAAAGAAGUAAAAAAUUCAAUGUACGUGAGGCAAUUGAUGUUUUGCGUAUCGGCUGUGAUAUUUUCUUGGGUCAUUUCAAUGAUCUCAGUUUCAAUGAUAGCUUUAGUCCUUACAAAAUUAGGCAAAGUCAUGAGUUGGUAUGCGAGACCAGCGUGGCUAUUUUUCCUUUAUGUUUGUCCUACUGUUACAGUAUCUAUGACUUUUCUCCUCUACAUUGGAAAACGUCAACGUCAAAAUGUUAAUUCACCUUGGGUUUUAUAUCAACUUUAUUGCGAUGCCUACAGCGUUAUUUGGAUGGCUAUUCUCUUUCUUUGUGUAAUUUUGGAAAUUCGUUCAGGUUUUAUUCCAUUUCAUUGGGUUUUAUUUCCCUCAAUUGGAAAUAUAAUUCGACAUAAUUUUCUUAAUAGAUGGAGAGACUGGAAAUGGAUGUGCUAUAAUUUGGGAAUUUUAUGUUUACCCUAUAUACAAACAUUUUAUUUAGCCAUUGGUGCACUUUCUUUAUUUAUUCCAAUUAUGGGACGAGCGGGUGCUGGAAUAAAUUCUGAAGUUGUAAUUGCCAAUAUGGUGUCUUUGUUAUUCUGUCAACUGUUAAGUUUUGUGCUGCCAAUUGUUUUAUUGAUAAGAAAUGCAGAAAGAGUUCUAAGUGUCUUAAUGGGUAUAUUUUUAAUAUCAAUUGGAAUUUUAAUUUUAACACCUCUUGGAUUUCCUUAUAGUGGUGAUCCAACGUCACCAGCAGCUGAGCGAUUUAUGAUUAUGCAUACUGAAAGACAAUUUUAUAAUGCAAAUGGUACUCUUCGACAUUCAGGAACUGGAUAUUGGAUAGUCAAUUUAGACAUGAAUAGUCCUCAAAGUGUUGAGGCAAUAGUACCUGAAAUAGGUGCUGCAAUUUCAACGGAAAAAGACUGCAAGGAAGAAUUAUAUUGCGGUUUUCCUUAUCUGUUGCCAGUCACAACAUUUUUAUGGAAAACAAGUUGGAUUCCAGGACCUGCACCUUUGAUAAGUAUUCCAACUAAAGUUGAUAUGUUGGUAAAAAGUACGAAAAGAACAACAGUUACCUAUGUAUUCAAUGUCACAGGACCUGAUCACAUUAGUAUAAUUUUUUCACCUUAUAAGGGAAUUCAAUUGGAACGUUGGUCUGUUCUCAAGGAAAAACCACUACUUGGACCAAUGUGGAAUGAUCGGGAAACUUAUUUCAUUUAUUUCGCAUGUGCCUCGAAUUGUUCUCCGUUUAGUUUUUCACUGGAGUUUAUUGUUCCGCCAGAUUAUAAAGGUCCUUGUAUGACUUUGUCUGCUUCUGGACAUUUUAUGCACGGAGAACAUCAAACUUCUUUGAGAUUUAAACGAUUUUUAUCACAAUUUCCAUCGUGGACAGUUGUCACCGCUUGGACGUCGUCUCUGUCCUCUUGGGAAUUUUAAAAAAUUUCUUAAACUUCAUUCUUCAAAAAUAAGGCGUUACAAAAUGACAAAGGAAUGACUGAGAAUUCAUUAAAAAAAGAAAGUGUGUACUUAGUUGGAGAAUUUGAUCAAGAUUUGAUAUAAUGUUCCCAUUUUAAUACGUAAAAGAACUCAUAAAGUAGCAUAUCAGGUUGAAAGCUUAGCUUUAGGACCAUUUUUUAAAUGCGUACGUGAUAGAAAAGAACACCAUUUAUUGAAUAGAAAAAAUAGAUUUUUAAAAAAAAAUUUCAGUAUGCACGCAAACACAAUAAUAAUAAUAAAUAAUAGGUGCCAUAAUGAAAAAAAAAAAAAAAAUUAAAUACACCAGAAGUUUUUGAAUCUUUUAAACUGCCUAAACUUUUAUAGCAAAUCAAAAAAAGUAGAAGCUGCGUAAAUAAAAUAGAAAAUAUUUAAUAAACAGUCACAAUAGUGGGAAAAUUUUCCACAGAAAAUUAUAUAUUUUCGCUGUACAAUUUUGGUUAAAUCAAGACUUAACUUUUUAAUAUUGGUGCUUUCUAUAAAAAAUAAUUUAUUUAUAUUAUUAUUUAUAAUUUAUUUAAAUAUUUUCGUAUAUUAUCAUUUAACUUUAAUGAUUUUUUCUCAAAUGGUUGUUUAAUUAUCAUAGAAUAAUUUAUCUUAUUUUGUUUUUAUAGGUUUUUAAAAGAAAAAAAUAUGUCACUGGUAAUAAUAUAUUUUUAAUUUUAAUAAUAAUGAAGGGGUUUAAACUAAUCGAUUGCUUAUUAUAGUUGUUAUUGAAAAUUUAAAGUUUCUUUUAAGAAAAAUUUCUUGCUGUGAAUAUUGUUCCCUUAAAUUUAAGUUUAAAUUAUUAUAUGUACCAACCGAUUUAUUACUUUUGUAUAUGUGUUCACUUUUUUAUUCGUUUGUAAUUAUUUUUUUUUUAAUUAAUAGAAUUUAAUUAUUUUAAUGAAUCUUUAUUAAAAUUCUCAAUGUUCUUUUUUUUAUUUCAAUUGAAUUUAACAUUUUAUAAGUUCGAUUAAUAUCAGACAUAUUUUUACUUAUUUAUUUUAUUUGCAGUGAACAUGUAGAAAAAUAUUUUAUAAUAAGGAAAUUUUGAAAAUUGUUGUUUAUAUUUUUAACAAAAAUUUUUUUCAUUUAUUUACUUUUCAAAACCAAAGUUCAAUUUAUUACUCAUUAAUUUAAGUUUUGCUCAAUAGUUCCAUAGUGAUUUUUUUUUUAAUGGAUAAUUUUAAUCUGCACAAAAUUAUAAAUCAAACAAACGCAUAACGUAUUUAUAUAUAUUAUAAAAAAUAUUUUGCAUUUUCAGACGAAAAUAAAAAUUGCAAAACUUGUAAUGGAAUAGCCUUGCUUCAACACUAGGGUGUUUAAAAAAAAAAUUUUUUUUUGGUCUCUUUCUCUAAAUUUUCUUUUAUUUUGGAUAAUUGUUAACUUCAGAAUAAAAAAAAAAAAAAAAAAAACGAGACGAAAAAAUUUUUUUUUUGAAACCCACUGUAUUUAGAUUGAAAGAUAGAAAAUUUUUAACAAAAUCGUAAAAUACAUACGCGCAUAUAUUACAAAAAAUAGAAAUAAAUGUAGUUAUCUACAAACGAAAUUUUAGAAUCCAAAAAUCUUAUACCUAUUGCAAUCAAUAUGCUUUGAAUUUUUAUAAAUAUUUCUCUCACUAUCUAUACAUAUUAGAAAAAUAAACGCCAAAUGAUAAAAGAUUCGAUUGAAAGUUGCCAAGUAUUGUUUAGUAGUUUUUUCAAAUAUUAAAAAUAUUGUUUUUUUAUUGUGUCAAUAAAUAUUAACGUCGAAAAUUUUUUGUGUCUAAGACCAUUUUUUGCAUUAUUGUGCAAUAUAUUUGUAAUGAAAUUUUUUUCUACCUUUAUAUAAUUUCAAGUUUUAUUCAAUUAUAUAUUUUGGAAUGAGAAAUAAGAAAAAAAAGCUCAAAAUUGUUAUUAUCAUCAUUGUUAUUAAAUAUUGUUACUACACGAUUAUUAUAUAAGAAUUUUUAGGUGAAUUGAAAUAAAAACAAUAAUUUCACA